AUGUCAAUGACAGCGACUCCUUCCUUUACUUUCUUUCCCGCCUCCCAGUCUGCAUUGGCGCUCCACUACUUACUCCACCGUGCCAUCCAUCUAUCUAUCUAUCUAUCUAUCUAUCUAUCUAUCUAUCUAUCUAUCUAUAUAUACGCACUCACACACACGCGGACAGACACACGCACACACACAUAUAGUUUUUAUUUCAUUUUCUAUCAAAUUGUUCAUUUUUUCAUUGCUAAUCUCCGCUAUUCUUUCUUUUUUCUUCCUGAAACCUUAGAGGGUUUUUCUUUCUUUCUUUCAUUAGGGUCUUUGCUUCUUUUCUUUCUUUCUUUCUUUCGUAACAUCAUACGAGUUUCUUUCUUUUCUUUUUUCUUUCUUUCUACAGACAUUAGGUUUCUUCCUUUUCAUUCAUUUUUUCUUUCUUUUUCUUUCUUUUCUUUCUUUCUUUCUUUCUUUCUUUCUUUCUUUCUUUCUUUCUUCGUAACGUUAAUGUUUACUUUCUUGCUUUUUCUUUUUAAUAAAAUCAUUCAGGUUUAUUACAUUUUCUUUCUUUUUUCAAAACAUCAUUCAGCUUUUCUUUCUUUGAUGACAUCAUGCAAAUUUCUUAGAUUUAUUUCUUUUUUUCACUUCUCAAUUCCUUCUUCUUCCCUCCUUAUCCUUAUUUUCAGCUUCUUUCUGUAUUCGUGUUCAUUGCUCCCCUCUUUCUUUUCUUUCUUUCUUUUCUUUUCCUUUUCUUUCUUUCUUUCUUUUGUCUCCUUGUCUUUCUAUCUUUUCUUUCUUUUCUUCUUUAAUCUUUCCUUCUUUUUUUCACUUUUGCAAUCUUAUUUUCUUUCUUUCUUUCUUUUCUUUCUUUCUAUAUUAACUUUCUUUCUCCUUCUUCUUCCUUCCUUUUCCUUUCACUACUAUCCCUUAUUCUCCUUCUUUCUAUAUUCCUCUUUCUUUCUCCCUUCCUUCCUUCCUUCCUUCCUCCCUUCCUUCCUUUAUCCUUUAUUUCUCCUUCUUUUCUAUAUUCCUGUUCAUUGCUUCCCUGCCCUUUUCUCUCUUUUUGUUUGUUUGUUUUUCUUUCUUUCUUUUCUUCCACUUUUCUUUCUUUCUUUCUUCUUUCUUUUCUUUCUUUCUUUCUUUUCUUUCUUUUCUAACACCAUUCUGUUCUUUCUUUUUUCUUUCUUUCUUUUCAAUAUCAUCUUUCAUUUUCUUUUUUAA